GGAAGCCAGUGGUAGCAGGUGUAGUGUGGAGCUGGCUCUGAGUCUGGAUGUUAGCACUGUCUCUCUCCUCCGUGGGACGAAGCCUGACUGGCAUCAACAUUGCAGGGUCAAGUAAUGCUGAGACCGCUCCUCCUGCCAACCCAGGGAUGUACCAACUGGACAUCACUCUAAAGAGGGGACACAACCUCGCCAUCAGGGACAGAGGAGGGACAAGUGAUCCGUAUGUGAAGUUUAAGAUUGCGGGGAAGGAGGUGUUCAGGAGCAGGACCAUCAAUAAGAACCUGAACCCGGUGUGGGACGAGAGGGUCAGCCUACUUGUGGACGGCCUCCGAGAACCUCUUUAUGUCAAGGUGUUUGACUAUGACUUCGGCCUUCAGGAUGACUUCAUGGGUUCUGCCUACCUCUACCUGGAGUCUCUGGAACACCAGAGGACCCUGGACGUGACCCUUGACCUCGAGGAUCCCCAGUACCCCGAACAUAACCUGGGAACUCUAGAGCUGGCAGUCACACUGUCACCCAAAGAGGGAGACUUCAGGGAAGCACAGCAGCAUUCGAGUAUGCGGUUGUCAGAUGUCCACAGGAAAGCUCAGCUGUGGAGAGGUAUAGUGAGCAUCAGUCUGAUCGAGGCUCAUGACCUCCAGCCUAUGGACGCCAACGGCUUCAGUGACCCCUACGUCAAGUUCAGACUGGGCCAUCAGAAAUACAAGAGCAAGACGAUACCUAAGACUCUGAACCCCCAGUGGAGAGAGCAGUUUGACUUCCAUCUUUAUGAGGAGCAGGGGGGCUUCAUCGACAUCACCGUCUGGGACAAAGACGCAGGCAAGAAGGACGACUUCAUGGGCAGGUGUUCGAUAGACCUGUCACCGCUCAGUAAAGAGCACACUCAUAAGUUUGACCUGCCGCUGGAGGAGGGCGAGGGCAUGCUGGUGCUGCUGGUCACACUCACGGGGGCAGCUGCAGUGUCCAUCUCGGACCUGUCUGUCAACAUCCUGGACGACACACACGAGAGACACCAGAUACGACAGAGAUAUAGUGUGCUGAGGUCGUUCCACAACCUGAAGGAUGUGGGAGUGGUCCAGGUUAAGGUCAUCAGAUCAGAGGGGCUGAUGGCAGCAGACGUCACAGGGAAGAGUGACCCCUUCUGUGUGGUGGAACUGAGUAACGAUCGGCUACAGACACACACGGUCUACAAGAACCUCAACCCCGAGUGGAACAAGGUCUUCACCUUUAACGUGAAGGACAUCCACUCGGUGUUGGAGGUGACGGUGUACGACGAGGACCGAGACAGGAGCGCAGACUUCCUGGGUAAAGUGGCCAUCCCUUUACUAAACAUUCAAAAUGGUGAACGGAAAGCCUACGCUUUGAAAAGCAAGGAGCUGACAGGGCCAACAAAAGGGGUCAUCUUUCUGGAAAUAGAGGUGGUUUUUAACGCUGUAAAGGCAGGUCUCAUGACGUUGAUACCCAAAGAGCAGAAAUACAUAGAGGAUGAGCCCAGAGUGUCCAAACAGUUGCUUCUGCAAAACUUCAACAGAGUGAGACGAUGCAUCCUGUUCCUCAUCAACGCCGGCUGCUACAUCAACAGCUGCUUCGAAUGGGACUCAACUCAGAGGAGCAUCUGUUCCUUCCUGGUCUUUGUUCUGGUGGUGUGGAACUUUGAACUCUACAUGAUUCCUCUGGUUCUGUUGCUGCCGCUGGCCUGGAACUAUAUCCUCAUCUCUUCGGGGAAGGACACCAGGCAAGAUGUGCAAGCGAUGGAGGACUUGCUGGAGAAUGAGGAUGAGGACUAUGACAAAGAUGACAAGGUGCCUAGACCCGGCCCUUCGGAGGACGGGCGACUGCCUGAAAGCCAUAUCCUCGAGGAUAUGUUGGCUUCCUGGCACUUUGAGUGGAUACGGGUGAUGUUGGACCCGGAGAGAAAGGGCUUCAUCAACAAGCUGUAUGCCAUCCAGGAUGUGUGCAUCAGUGUGCAAAAUGCCCUGGAUGAAGUGGCAUCCUAUGGCGAAAGGAUAAAAAACACCUUUAACUGGACAGUGCCUUUCCUAAGCUGGCUGGCCAUCGUGGCUCUAUGUGUGGCCACUGUUCUCAUCUACUAUAUCCCCCUACGCUACAUCGUCCUGGCCUGGGGGGUGAAUAAAUUCAGCAAGAAGCUCCGUGACCCGUAUACCAUUGACAACAACGAGCUCUUGGACUUCCUGUCCAGAGUCCCCUCAGAUGUUCAAGUGGUGCAGUACCGAGAGCUGAAAGUGGAUCCCAGUCAUAGUCCAAAUAAAAGAAAGAAAAACAACCCGGGAUAACUGGCUUUGCCCACCCACUGAAUCUUCCCUCCCUCACCCGUCCAACGCCAAGAAGCAGAGAAACACUGGUUUGAACCAGCUGAACACUCUCCCUCUCUCUCUGUCUCUCUCUUUCUCUCUGUCUCUCUCUCUUCUACCGACUUUCAAAAAAUAUAUAUACAUGUACAGGCUCUGGAAGUGUAAUUAUUACAAAGAGACAACAAAGAGAUGAGUUUGGAUGACUAUUUCAGACCCAGGUGUUUACUGAGCCCGUCUGACAGAUGUCCAUGUCAUGCCGUCCUCGUAAUGUUCAACUAUGAGUAUCACAGUUAUGAGUUCAUUCAGAGAUUUCUCCAUAAUAACCCCAUUAGGAACAUAUAAUUGAACCAUCCCAAAGCUACUUACUAGGGCUGGGAAUUGCCAGGGACCUCACAAUAUGAUAUUAUCACAAUACGAUAUUAUCACAAUACGAUAUUAUCACAAUACGAAUACGAUAUUAUCACAAUACUCAGUGCCUUCAGAAAGUAUUCACUCCCUUUUACUUUUUACACAUUUAGUUGUUUUAGAACCUUCGUUUAACAUUGAAUCAAUUGAGAUGUUGUAUCACUGAUCUACACACAAUACCCCAUAAGUAAUGAGUUUUUAGCAUUUUUUACAAAUUCAUUCAAAAUGAAAAGCUGAAAUGCCAAUAAGUAUUCAAGCCCUUUGUUAUGGCAAGUCUAAAUAAGUUCAGGAGAAAAAAUGUGCUUAAUAAAUCACAUAAUAAGUUGCAUGGACUAAUUCUAUAAUAGUGGCAUUCAUUUUUUAUGACUACCCCAUCUCUGUACCCCACACAAUUAUCUGGUCCCUCGAUCGAGUAAUGACCUUCAAGCACAGAUUCAACCACCAAGACCAGGGAGGUUUGCCAAUGCCUUGCAAAGAAGGGCACCGAUUGGUAGAUGUGUAAAACGAAAUAAAAAGCAGACAUUGAAUAUCCCUUUGAGCAUGGGGAAGUUAUUAAUUAGGCGUUGGUUGGUGCAUCAAUACAUUGUCACUACAAACAUACAGGCGUAUGUAACUCAGUUGCCGGAGAGGAAGGAUUUUAAAACAGUUACAGAGUUUUAAUGGUUGUGAUAUGAGAAAACUGAGGAUGGAUCAACAACAUUGUAGUUACUCCACAAUACGAAACUAAAUGACGGAGUGAAAAGAAGGAAGACUGUACAGAAUGAAAAAUAUACCAAAACAUGGUAUAAUUGCAAUAAGGGACUAAAGUAGAUCUGCAAAACAUGUGGCAAAGAAAUUAACUUUAUGUCCUGAAUGCAAAGCGAUAUGUUUGGGGAAAAUCCAACACACAGAGUACAAUAUUUUCAAGCAUGGUGGUGGCUGCAUCAUGUUAUGGGUAUGCCUGUCAUUUUUUAGGCUAAAAUUAAAUGGAAUACAGCAUAACAUAGGCAAAAUCCUAUAGGAAGACCUGGUUCAUUCGGCUUUCCAACAGACACUGGGAGAUUAAUUCACCUUGGAGUUGCUAACCAAGACGACAUUGAAUGCUCUUGAGUGGCCUAGUUAUAGUUAUUAUAUCUGCUUAAAAAAUCUAUGGCAAGAAUUGAAAAUGGCUGACUAGCAGUGAUCCACAACCAACUUGACAGCGCUUGAAGAAUUUAAAAAAGAUUAAUUGGCAAAUAUUGAAGAAUCCAGGUAUACAAAGCUCUUAGAGACUUACCCCUUUAAUCAGUGUGUCUAACAUGUAUUGACUCAGGGGGUUGAAUACUUAUCUAAUCAAGAUAUAGCAGUGUUUAUUUUUCAGUCAUCUUUUAUACAUUUUCUACAUUUUCUUCCACGUUGACAGAGUAUUUUAUGUAGCUCGAUAACGCAAAAUUACAAUUAAAUCCAUUAAAUCUCAUUUGUAACCCAACAAAAUGUAAAAAGUAAAAGGGUGUAAAUGCUUACUGAAGGCAUUUUAGGUGCCGAAAUGAAAUGUAUUGUGAUUCUCACGAUUUUAUAUGGUUCGCUUGUGAUUUUAUUGCGACUGAAUGUUCCAAACAUAUUGCUCACCAUAUGUCUGCUACAGAGGGACAAGAGAGAGCCGUGAGAAAGCCAGUUUUGAUCAGACAUGAAAAUAAAAGUUCUCAAAACAAAUUGGCUCCAUAUUUAAAAAGAAGAUGGAGAACAAUCUUUAAAGGAAAAAUAUUGUCCAGGUAAAGCCAACUAGCGCAAAAAUUAUAUUGCAAUAUUGUCAAAACUAUACGAUAUAUCAUCACAAAUAAUAUUGCAUACAAUAUAUCAACAAAAAUAAUAUCCCGAUAUGUAACUCUAGUGAUUUUAUUCCCACCAUCACUACUAUUUACCAGGUAGAUUGGAUAUGUCAAUACACAUUUCAAAACCAGCAGGGGCAUCAUACACCGCAAACAUCUGAUGGGGCACGUGAGGAUGGUUGGGGUAUGGUCAGGAGGAAGGCUAGCUCCACCAUCCAUAACACCCAAAAUAGCUUUUUCCUGCAAUCUAGAGCCAUAAUCAUUAUUCUUAAUUCUAUGUAAUAUCUAAGCAUACCUCUUAAGCGAUCUGUAUCCUCCUGAGUGGUGUCUCUAUCCUCCUGAGUGGUGUCUCUAUCCUCCUGGGUGGUGUCUCUAUCCUCCUGAGUGGUGUCUCUAUCCUCCUGAGUGGUGUCUAUUCUCCUGAGUGGUGUUUCUAUCCUCAUGAGUGGUGUCUGUAUCCUCCUGAGUGGUGUCUCUAUCCUCCUGAGUGGUGUCUAUCCUCCUGAGUGGUGUCUCUAUCCUCCUGGGUGGUGUCUCUAUCCUCCUGAGUGGUGUCUAUCCUCCUGAGUGGUGUCUAUUCUCCUGAGUGGUGUUUCUAUCCUCCUGAGUGGUGUCUGUAUCCUCCUGAGUGGUGUCUGUAUCCUCCUGAGUGGUGUCUCUAUCCUCCUGAGUGGUGUCUCUAUCCUCCUGAGUGGUGUCUCUAUCCUCCUGGGUGGUGUCUCUAUCCUCCUGAGUGGUGUCUAUCCUCCUGAGUGGUGUUUCUAUCCUCCUGAGUGGUGUUUCUAUCCUCCUGAGUGGUGUCUCUAUCCUCCUGAGUGGCGUCUCUAUCCUCCUGAGUGGUGUCUCUAUCCUCCUGAGUGGUGUCUCUAUCCUCCUGAGUGGUGUCUCUAUCCUCCUGGGUGGUGUCUCUAUCCUCCUGAGUGGUGUCUAUCCUCCUGAGUGGUGUUUCUAUCCUCCUGAGUGGUGUUUCUAUCCUCCUGAGUGGUGUCUGUAUCCUCCUGAGUGGUGUCUCUAUCCUCCUGAGUGGUGUCUGUCCUCCUGAGUGGUGUCUAUCCUCCUGAGUGAUUGAAAGGAUUGUGAGUCUAAUUUUUGUAAUUGCUUAAGUCUACCAACCUUGCCAGCAGGCAUGCCAGCCAAGAUAGUUAGACAAGCUAGUUACUCUAACUUGAUUGAUAGCCUAAAAUGAGUUAUUGAUAGCUAGUUAAGAAGUUGGGAGAUUGGGAACCUAUUUGGGCUAGCUAAAGCCAUCUUCAUAAAACUGCUAGUUGGCUAGCAGUAUUACAGAGAAACAACAUUUUUUAUAGUUGUUUUUUUAACAGGACAAAUCUGAGGGAGCACUUGCCCCUGUGCCCACUGUGGGCAUGAUACCUCUGAAAGACACAAGCGUGUGUGUGUGUCUUUCUGCUUCUAUCAGUGAGUUACCACGUUUAUUAGCUUCUAUCUCAGCCAGUAUACAGUGAGUUACCACGUUUAUUAGCUUUUAUCUCAGCCAGUAUACAGUGAGUUACCACGUUGAUUAGCUUCUACCUCAGCCAGUAUACAGUAAGUUACCAUGUUGAUUAGCCUGUUAGCCUCCAGUCAUGUUCUGCUGCUUGCUCACUGCAGAUAGAAAAUGAAAACAGACACACCCCUUCAUUUCAAUAUCAGAAGCUGUAUUUGUACACGUCGAGUUGCACAAUGUCUUUUCACUUGGUAGGCCUAUCCCAGUGGUACUUGACUAUCCAAAUGAAUGUGGAAACUUUAAAACAUCAAACACCCUAUUUUAAAUUCAACUAAAAACUUCUGCAGUCCUGUCAAUAUGCCAAUCUUCACUCCCAUCGAUAGCCCAGAUUAGUGUUUUUCUACCCAGAAACGGAGUGUCAUUUCCCCCAGCAGAGGCAGGAGAGUGUGGCUUGUUGCUGUGCAACUGAGCUAAUAUAGAUGUCACCCUGUGCAGACACAAUCGCCAGGCAGGCCUUAGGCAGCCCGAGCGGUAAUCUUAUUUGAAAGGCUGGUCUCCUCUCCUCUCAUCUCCACAUGUGUUGCCUCAGUGGGCACAGACAGACACACACAUACAGUACACACACACUCCGACGCUCUGCCUCAGGCUGGCCGCCCUCUCCAUCUGCCCCAUCUCCUGUGCCCACAGCUCAACUGUGAUCUCUUUCAAGGGACCUGUGUGUAUGUGUGUGUGUGCACCCGUGCAUAUGUGUUUAUGCAAGCAAACAAGCUAGUUGUGUGCUUGGUGUGUGCCCAUACACUGUGUACAUGCUAUGUGUGUAUAUGCUAUGUGUGUAAAUUAUGUGUGUACAUGUUGUGUGUGUAAAUGCUGAUUGUAUAUAUGUUCGUAUAAAUGUGUGUGUAAAUGGUGGGUGUGUAAAUGAUGGGUGUGUAAAUGAUGGGUGUAAAUGAUGUGUGUUGUCACAGGCCGGCUCAUAGCCUGUGGCAUAAAUGAGGGGACGCGAACAACAGGUAUAGGCCAAUUAAAAAAUGUUCUUUAUUGUAAACAAAACUAUUAACUUUAAGCUAAGAAAAGGGAAUGAGGUGUGGAAGUAUCAUAAUGUAAGGUGUAUGUAAAGUGCAUGGAUGCGUGAAUCUGUGUGUGUGAAUGACUGAGUGAAAACUAUGCAAAACUACAAAAGAACAAACAAAACAGGUUCAUACCUGGAGGAGCGGAGAGAGAGAGAGAGAGAGGUGAUUAGUGACUGUUUAAAUACUCUGAUCCCAGGUGACUCCAAUCACUAACAACCCUCCUCUGCCUGCAGGAGGAACCGCCCCUGCAAUGCAGAGGAGGAGCCGUGACAGUGUGUAAAUGCUGUGUGUGUGUAAAUGUUGUGUGUGUGAGUAAAUGCUGUGUGUGCAUAUAUGCUAUGUGUGUAUAUGCUAUGUGUGUACAUGCUGUGUGUGUAAAUUAUGUUUGUGUAUAUACAGUAUGCUAUGUGUGUAAAUGCUGUGUGUAAAUGCUAUGUGUGUACAUGCUGUGUGUGUAUAUACAGUAUGCUAUGUUUGUAAAUACUGUGUACAUGCUGUGUGUGUGUAUGCUGUGUGUGUAAAUGCUGUGUGUAAAUGAUAUGUGUGUACAUGCUGUGCGUGUAAAUGAUCUCUGUAAAUAUAUGCUAUGUGUGUAAAUGCUGUGUGUGAAUGCUGUGUGUGUAUAUAUGCUAUGUGUGUACAUGCUGUGUGAGUAAGUGCUGUAUGUGUACAUGCUGUGUGUCUAAAUGUUGUGUGUAAAUGCUGUGUGUGUGUAUAUGUGUGUAUAAAUGCUGUGUGCAUAGGCUGUGUGUGUACAUGCUGUGUGUUUAAAUACUGUGUGUAAAUGCUGUGUGUGUAUAUGAUAUGUGUCUACAUGAUGUGUGUGUAAAUGCUGUGUGUGUAUAUGAUAUGUGUCUACAUGAUGUGUUUGUAAAUGCUGUGUGUGUAUACGCUCUGUGUAAAUGGUGUGUGUGUAAAUGCUGUGUGUGUACAUGUGUGUGUAAAUGCUGUGUAUAAAUGCUGUGUGUGCAUAUGAUGUGUGUAUAUGCUGUGUUUGUACAUGCUGUGUGUAAAUUAUGUGUGUGUAUAUGCUGUGUGUAAAUUAUGUGUAUGAAUGAUAUGUGUAAAUGUUAUGUGUGUAAAUGCUGUGUGUGUAUAUAUGCUGUGUGUGUGUGCAUGUAGCUCCAGAGUAAAAUCAAUAAGAAAAUUGGUGUUUUAUUGUCACAUGCACCUGAUAGGUGCAGUGACAUAUGUUGUUUUACAGGGUCAGACAUAGUAGUACGGUGUCCCCGGAACAAAUUAGGGUUAGGUGCCUUGCUCAAGGACACAUCGGCAGAUUUCUCACCUUGAUGUCUCAAGUAUUUGAACCAAAGCUCUAACUGCUAGGUUUCCUGCCACCCUUGUCGGUUGUUGGUUGUCGGUCUCCUCUGGCACAGGAGAUGGAUGUGGAUCUGAGUUUGAACUUGAAGGGUGAGCUAGAUGAGCAGCCAGCCAGCCAACCAGCCAGCCAGCCAGCAUGCCAGCCGCUGUGACAAGACAAGACGCUUAGGGGACUUGGGCCAGAAACGGCAGGGGUGUGUGUGUUUGUGUGCGUGCACCCUUUUUACCAAAUCCCCCCCAUCAUCCCUCUCUCUCUCCCUCUCUCAUUCGUCAGUGGUUGGGGUCACAGCCCUGUCUGAAAGGAAAGUCUCCUGGGUCUCUCCUAGAGCAUCUUUUGAAAGAUCACAGCAUAGGCUACAUCUGAGAAGCCUUCCACUCCUCCAUAUCCACAUCUUCCUCUCCAUCCCUUAAACUUCAGCAAGCGUAGAUCUGUCACUUGGAAGGCCAUUGAUUUAGUUUGUUUUGAGGAAUGCACUUGAGAGACAAUAACAUGCUCCAUGGAGAACUAGACCUAGACAUACGAUUAAUAUCAUCCUCACCAAAAUACUCUUUUGUGUCUUUUUGUACUGCCUGAAGGGGACAUUUUGUAAACCUGAAUAUGUAUGUGUGUACCUCUGUAUGUGGUAGCUAUAAUUUACAGUAAUUGUGGUGGUAUAUUAUGUGUGGUCUUGCAUCCAAAUGCUCUGAGUUUUAUAAAACUGCAUUGGCUGUGUUUAAAAGCAGUGAAAAGUGAUUUUGUUUUGAUGAGAAUGUAUCUGACAUACAUAAAGGAAAAAUGCACUUUCAUUUGCACCCAUUUUUUUAACCUUGACUUCAUUUUUGAAUGAUGUACAUAGUAGGCCGUGUUCAUUUAUGGUUUCAAGUAUUUUUGACUGUAUGCUUGUUAAUGGUCUUAUGUUGAUGAUCUUGUGUAGCUGUAUGCUUGUCAUUUCUCUCUGAGGUCUUUUUGCCUGCAGACUGUGCUUGACUAGGGCAGGAGCUCACCGGAGCUGAGUACCGGCACCUCAGAUGUUCUACUGCUUGAGCUCCUGUUCGUCUUAUAGAAUAUUAGCUCAAAAGUGGAGCUCCUGCACCCAAAGAAAAACAGUACUUGCACCCAAAAUGAGUACCGGAACCCAUUUCAGUCCAAGUAAAGUACUGCCUGCAGUGUUUCCUGUGACAUCAGCUUCACUUUCCUUGUACUGGUCAACAGUUCUAGAGGACAAAGGUGGGGAUUUUGGGGUGGGUGGGCAGUAAGGGAAAGUUAUGAGAAAAUAAUGUACAUCUAUUAAGACGAUAUAAAUGCACCUGAUGCAUGUAGAUUAUUUUGAAAAAUGUGAAAAAUAUUAAAUAUUUUGUAUAAUC